GCUCAGGGAGCGCUCAGCGCGGUGAUCGCCAGUGCGCUGUGUCCCUCGGACACAGCAGAUCACGGAAAGAGCCGAAGAUGUCGGCUCGGUCAUGUGAUCAGCUGUGUCCAAUCACAGCUGAUCACAUGGCACUGAUGAUCAGUGUGCCCUGAUGAUCAGUGUGGCCCCAGAAGUGCCACCUGUCAGUGUCCAUCAGUGCCAGCAGUCAGUGCUCAUCAGUGCCACAUGCCAGUGCCCAUCAGUGCCACAUCAAUGCCACAUAUCAGUGCAUACCAGUGCACAUCAAUGCCACAUAUUAGUGCCCAUCUUAGCUGCCUUUCAAUGUCACCCAUCAGUGCCAGUCAGUGCCACCUAUCAAUGCCAAUCAGUGCCACCUAUCAGUGCUGCCAAUCAGUGCCAC